AUGAAAUUCCCUCGCUCAAUUUUGAUUUCUCUGUUUCUAUAUGUAGCAGAGACAAUCUUAGGCCUGUACUUGAGCAGCACAUACAGCACUGCAGUGCACAGAAUUUGGUUGUACUUGACCCUCCUAUUCUGUCUUCUGCCCUGCCUUCUGGUACAGAUCUGUUUUGUCUGCUUCCACAUGGAAUUCUUUGAUGACAGAUCCCUGGAACAUCUGUUUCAUCUCCUGCAGCUGGGACCUCUGUUCAGGUGUGUGCAAGUUCUCCGCCUUUACUUCAUUGAUGGAAAAUCAGAGGAUCCAUACGACACCCUCAUUAAGAGGAAGCAGCUGUCUGAAGAUGGCGGUUGGGUUGAGGUGGAACAGGAGGUUGGUCGCGUUGAUAUGCUGCUGUCCAAACACAGUUCUGCUUUCCGCUGGGCCUCCUUCAUCCAAGCUUUCUUUGGGUCAGCACCUCAACUGAUACUACAGCUGUAUAUUUCCAUCUCACAACAGCAUAUAAGCCUAUGCAGAUGCAUGCUUAUGAGUAUCUCUCUGCUGUCCGUUACGUAUGGAGCGUUACAGUGCAACAUCCUGGCCAUUCGAAUUAAUUACGAGGACUAUGAUUUCACCUUUCGACCAGCUGCCUACCUCUGCUUAUUGAUUUGGAGAUUCCUUGAGAUUUCCUGCAGAGUCGUCGUGCUUGGCCUCUUCAGCUCAGUUUUCAAAACAUGGACCCUGUGUGUGGUGGCCUUAAAUCUGUUGGCUUUUAUGCUCUACUCAUGGAUCAGUUUUUGGAAGAAUAAGUCAUCGGGAAACAAGAAUGGUUUGAGCAAGUGUAGGACUGCUACUGAGCGUGCUGUACUGAACAUCCUGUACUCUGUGACGAGCAUUUUCUGCUGGUGUCCGAUUCAGGUCGAGCUCAGUGAGCCCGACCUGAUUACCAAAUCAAACAAUUGGUGUCGCAUCACCAUGUAUUAUAUGCUCAGACAUAUUGAAAACGCCGUCCUGAUUUUCCUAUGGUACAUCUAUCAAACAGAUGUUUACUCGCUCAUAGGUAGCACUUUUUUGGUCGCACUGCUCCUGGUGGGUUAUACCACAUCGAUGCUCUUCAUGCUGAUUUUUUAUCAGUUCUUGCACCCCUGCAGGACACUUUUCACUUCUAGUUUUGUAGGUGGCUUGAUGUCAGGCUUAAAGAGUCUUUGUUGUAUGUGCAAACCUUCAAGAGCCCCAACAAAUGAACAUGGCUCCGAGGUCUGUGAGCCUUAGAACUGACAAGAUGAGAUUUACAUCAAUGCAAAGGAGUUGAUCUGUGUUCAUUGGGAAGCUACUCUACUACAGACUCUCGAAGCAGAAGCCGACAAAAUGGACAGAAUGCAGAGAGCGUUAGGGGAUAUAUAAGGACACAAGAAAACUAAUAUACCACAUCUGUGUCUUCCCUAAAUAAAGUGUUCUGAAUGGCAA